AUGCGUUAUGCACAGAUUGCCGCCUUCAAGUCUUCACCGGUUCGUGGCAGCUACACUUCGGAAGGCAUCCAUGGCAGCGACGGCAUCACACGGGCUCUCAACAUCAGCUACCCUCUCCCUAUCAACAUACGGCAACUAACGAUAGAAAUAAACGUAAAAGACCCGCAACCACAGGAUUUCGGUGACUACUUCGGUUUAAUCGAGAACAGUCGGGGGCAGGAGGAAAGGCAUAAGGUGCUCACCGUUAGAGCUCCUGAAAACGAUCUGGAUAAUUUGAUUCAACUGAACCGCUUCGAAGUGGCUUGUGAUCUGCAAGGCAACUACAACAACAUCACCAAAUACGAGUGUGCUGAUUGCCAACUGACUGACAUACUGUGUAACGGGCAGUCAGUGCUGGCAGCUGGGAGGGUCACUAUUAUACCUCAAUCGCAGCAGAUCAGUUACAACUUCCCAAGUUUCACGGAUCAGUUUUCCUGCGUGUACAUGGGUUUCUUCAAAGUUAAAGACACAGUUUACAAAAAAGUCGUUGCAGUCAUUGAAAAUCACUCUUCCGCUAUAAAAAUUCCUGAGGUUGUGAAAAUCCCGGCACCUAAAGAAGAUGACAGUUUGGAUCAAGAAAUCAUGUUUGAGGCAGACAAUGACAGCUGUGACGUCAGAGAGGUCAUCGUCAAUGGGAUCAACUUGGAGCAAUCCGCAAGAAGAUCAGGUUCACCCAGCCAAGCCAUGUUCCAAGUGAACCAGAAUACUAUAAACAUCCACAUAGGUCCGUUCCUUGAGGCGUAUGCUGGUACAUACCAAGCCAGGUUUGCUUGCGGAGAGGAAACCAUCACGAAGAAUAUUAUGGAAGUCUCAUGGGGAGAUGCCGGUGGCGGAGGAUCUAGUUUGGAUGACGAUACACAUAAAUCUGAACAUGAUGCAGCAGAUGGCGGCAAACACGAAGAAGGUGGCGGUGGCGGCGGCGGUGGUGGCGGCGGUGGUGGCAGUGGCGGCGGUGGUGGUGAUGCGGCCACAGGCGUCAAAGUAGAGGCCUACGUGGCAUCCUGCACACUAGCGGGAGAGUGUAAAGAAGAGAAAACAUUCGAAUGCGAAGGCUGUACGCUCAAGGGUGUCAAAUGUAACGACGCUGCCGCCGACGCUGCUAAAGUCGUGGUUGCAGAUAAGAAGAUCACUUUCGACUUCAAAGGGUUCGCAGACACAGAUUCUUGUGUGUACAUGGGAGAGUUCGAUCUAGCCGGCAAACCGCAUAACCUACCUGUCGCCGUUAUAGACAACGAUUCUAAAGACGUGACCGUGGAGAAACAGAAGAAGACUGCGAAAGCAGAUGAGGCUGUCGAGGAAACGAUCACGUUCACACCGGCUGAAGGAAAGAAUCCUGAAGUGGCGGAGGUACGCGUUAACGGGGUGCCUGUAGAAAAGAAAGGAGAUAAAGCAGAAGCCCCGUCUUAUGAGGUAGACGACGAGAAGAAGACUAUAAAGAUAUCGGUGCCCAAACUGUCGGAGCAGUACGCAGGUCACUACCAGGUCAAGUUCAAGAUCGACGCAGAAGAGGUCACGAAAACGGUUCUGGAGGUCGAAAUGGAAGCUGCGGCUGCUGAUGUGAAAGCUCCGGAUGGUGGGGGUAAGGGUGGGGGCGAAGGCGGAGGCGAGACACCCGCAGCCGGAGGCGCAGACGUCAAGUUAGAAAUCGCAGCGAAGACUUGCAAAGUAGACGACAAGUGUGAUGUUCCCGAAACACCAUAUACCUGCGAAGGAUGCGAGCUCAAGGCCGUCAAAUGUAACGCUGCCGCUGCAGCUGAGGAUAAGGUCAAAGUCGAUGCGGCGGGCAAGAAGAUCACUUUCGCGUUUGAAAAGUACGCUGAUACAGACGCUUGUGUGUAUAUGGGAACGUUUGACGUAGGCGGCAAGGAACACAACCAACCAGUGGCUAUUUUAGAGACCGAGUCUGCGGAUGUAACGGUCGAUGUUCAAAAGAAGAGUGCCGCACCAGACGCAGCGUUCAAGGAGGAAAUCACAUUUAAGGCUGAGAAGGAAUUCGAUGUAGAAGAGAUUCAUGUUAACGGAAACGUCGUAGCCAAGAAAGCGGAUGAUGGUUUUGACGUGGACAAGGCAGGAAAGAAGAUAACUAUUAACAUUCCCAAGAUGUCCGCGGCCUUCGCCGGUCACUACCAGGCCAAGUUCAAGGGCGAGGCUGGCACAAUCACCAAGAACAUUUUGGAGGUCACACUAGGUGCCGCGAAACGGCGACGUAGUCGUAAAGGAUAAAAUAAUACCUUUCUACCUACAUCUAAACAAAACUACAUUCUGAAAUAAACAUAACUUAAAAUAUAA